CUCGACGCUUUCGCUUUCACGUUACUUUGUUUCCAUACUCUAUCUGAUCCACUGCAGCCGAAAGCAUUCUAUUACCAUUCAGUACACCUCCUUCAAUAACCUAUCACAGUCAUGUCCGCGCCCUACCAAUGGAGAGCCGAGGCCGGCUACAUCAGCGCCGCACCUCCGCCAGCACACGGCAUGGUCGUCCUCCAGGCUGUGCCAUGCCUCGUGCAAGUCCCACAGCACCCAAUCCAGGACAUCCCAGCCCCGGUGGGCAUCAGCGGAAUCUUUACCAAGAUCGAGAAGCGUGCCGAGAAGAAACCCUCUCCACCGCCAGGCCAGACAGCUAUCCCGCCACCACCGCCCAAGCCAGAGCCAGAGCCCAAGAAAGCAUCAAAGACCGACAACAGCAAGCCACCAUCUAACCCACGUGCGCCGCCUCCGCUCAUUCCUGGCACUAAUUACAUGUUCCCUAUGCAAACGCUACUACUGCACGUCUUCACCAAAGCUGCAAGCGUCUGGAAGCCCAAGUAUCAGAGCGAGCAGCUGCACUUUAAAAUCUACCAAGUCGACACGCAAAAGACCGUCAAAGCCAUGAUCGAGUAUGUCCUCGACAUCAAGAAGCCGGAAGACUGUGGGCAGUGCAAGGGCUGGGCGGCUACGGAAGUCUACGAGCAAGGUGACAGGACGUUCCUUAAGGGCACGACGAUCGAGUAUGGCAGUGGUAAGGCGAGCGGGACGUUUUCGAGCAUGGGCUGGAAUGCGGAGAGGGGGAAGUCGCUGCCGCCGGUCUGGGUCACGGUACACAAGCCCAAAGCCUGACCGGGCUGGGCCUCUGACGACGUCUCCGACAAUUGGGGGAGUGUGCCUGUUUCAUUGUCUGGCAUCUGACGAGCCUUGUGUGAAACUUUCACCUGAACGAGAACUUUCACGAUGACUUAGGGUGUGGCUAGCUGCUGGAAAGUGGGCAAACAAGUGUCUGGCGUUUCAACCGGGCUUGCUUGGCUUAUGAUGCUAGCUUUCCAACGUGGUGAUCUUCGUUCCUCUUCCGGCAACGGAACUUCUGGUGUUUCGCGCACGCGGA